AAGACUAAUGUAAAUGCCCUAUAUCAUAGGUGGAUCUAAUAAAUCGGUAUACUAACCAGUAAGUGUUACAAAAAAAAAAACACGUGAUUAAAUUUGAGUUCACAUGAACAGAAACUGAAAGUAAAAGAUGCUGGAGACUUCAGAAAGAUCCCAGGAAUGAAUGUGCAGGUUGUGUUCGCCCUGGGUGGACCCGGAGCCGGAAAAGGGACCCAGUGCUCCAAAAUUGCUGAGCAUUACGGCUACACACAUCUGUCCGCCGGUGAGCUGUUGAGAAAAGAGCGCAGCAGGACAGACUCUGAGUUCAGCCACAUCAUCGACCGCUGCUUUAAGCGGGCAGAGUUCGCCCCAGUGGAGAUCACCGUCGCCUUACUGAGAAAGGCGAUGGAGGAGACCAUGAAGACCAACGAGAACAAGUUCCGCUUCCUUAUCGACGGCUUCCCUCCAAACGAGGAUAACCUGCAAGGCUGGAUGAAGCUCAUGGAUGGCAAAGCAGACGUCAAAUUCGUCCUUUUUUUCAACUGUAGUAAUGAAGUUUGCAUCAACAGGUGCCUAGAAAGAGGGAAGAGCAGUGGAAGGGAUGAUGACAACAAAGAAAGCUUGGAGAAAAGGAUCCAGACGUACCUGCAGUCCACACGGCCGAUCAUCGAGCAGUAUGAGAAGCAGGGAAAAGUGCGCACUAUUGAUGCCUCACACACCGUCAGUGAGGUCUUCGCUGAAGUGAAAUCAGUCUUCGACAGAGAAGGUUGAUCCUAAAGACUCUGCCCUACUGACGGCAACACGAUCAUUAUAGCAGUGUAGAGUCAGUGUUUCCAGUGGCACAUUUUCAACUGGAUUUGUCUUACGGAUAUUACUUCCGUUUCUGGUUGAGAGUACGCUGUGCGCAUUUUGGCUGCCGCUUCUCACCGGAGCUUUUUGUUUUUCCUUUCGUGUAGUUUGAUGUUUGUUCGCCAGUUGUGGUGUGGCUCCAGACCCAGUUUUGGGCGUCAGCUCCCUUCAGGCCUUGGUCCACCAUGGGUGACGCCUGUGCUCCUCACUAUGGACCUGCAGUGAGCUCAUUGCUCUUUUUAACAUCGGUUACAAUUAACGAUUGCGUCACGAUCACAUUUACUUCCUAAAGGCGUGGCUACUUGUUACUGGAUUAUACGGUGCACUUAUUUUUCCCCUCCACCUUGUUUCAGAAUGUAGGUUUGCUUUUUGGAAAAAAAAAGGCUACAUACUGAAAUCUGUUGCUUUUUUUUUUUAUCGUCACCUCAGGAUAUUUGUAUGCUUGUGUAGAAAAGUUAGGACCAAACAAUUAUUAUUUGGACCACAAUAAAUGAUAAACACAUAAACGCGGAGGAGGGUGUACUUUCUUUUACUCAUGACUGUAAAGAUUUAUAUCAAACACUUUUAUUAUAGAUCAGCUCCUAAAUUCAUGUUAAAGUUAAUGAGAAGCAACACUUCCACAUUUAUCAGCCCUGAACACACCUGAAACAGCUUGCAAUAAUAAUAAUAAUAAUAAUAAUAAUAAUCAGGAUCAUUUGUGGUGACUGUAGGGAAGAUGAGGACUGGAGUUAAUGACCCCUGAUCUAGUAACAGUCCAAGUGAAGGUAACUUCCGGUUCUUUGCAGUGAGUCAGAUUAUUUGACUCGGUUCACCAAUGAAUGAGUCGGUUCCCAAAUGAUUCAAUGCUAUGAUUUUCAAACCAGCCAGUUAAAUCAAUCAUUUAAAUUCUUCAGUGAAAUCUGUAUCUGCCUUAUGAUUAUUAAAAUAACACUACAGGAG